CAGCGCCACAGUGGCGUAAGAACCAGCAGAUGGAAAAAUAGUUCUUACGUUUUUGUCGAUUAAUUUGGUGAAAUUGUGUUAAAAAUGAGAAAAUAUGUUUGCAGAAUGUUCAGUGAAGUGUUAUAAAUAGUAAGAAAUGAAAAUAAGUGAAAAAUGAGACUGUAAAUGUCAGAAUAACGAGGUAAAAUGUUGGCGUAUGAAUCGGACCUCUACCCGUAACCGCCAUAACCUCCAUUCGUGUUAUUGGAGUAUUAACUUGUGUGUCAGAUGUGUCUACCAAUUUGGAUAAAUCGUAAAGUCGUAUGGAAAUAUUUAUUUUCAGCAUCAAAGGAGUUAUCUAGUUAGUGUAUGAUUAUGUGUUUGAAAGGAUUAUGGUGCAAAUUAGAAUACAAAAAUGAAGAAAAGCUUCCGUUGUUGACUAUAACGGCGGGGUGUUGGCAACGAUCGGCGGUGCUAGAUCGCAGCCGUUUUUCUUAACAUGGCUGCAACGCAGGCCGAAAACCAACAAAAUGACGUGAAUAGUGAGAAAGUGCAGUCAGAUCAGCAUCUGAACGUGCGGAAUACCUUGUUACAAAAUGGGACCGAUAAGAGUAUUGUUCGUGGAGGUGGCGGUAUAGGUAUAGUGCAUACAAAGGCUAAAAACAGCGCCGGUAAAAACAUAGCCAUAGAAAUGAGUCAAUACCGACAGGAUAGCGGCGGUGGUGGCUCUACGACGGUUCCAGGACAGACAAACACUAGCUCGGGCCCCACAUCAAGUAAUGAACCAAAUCUUGGUGUAGAGUCCGAACCGUCAGCUGGGAGUACAGCUACGGCGACAGAUUCAAGUAUUUAUUCGACGGAGGGCCCGGCAGCCCCAUCACCAGCUGCUACCGAUGGACACGCAUACGGUUUUCCUUACGGAAGGGACCUACACAACAGUUCAGAAGGUGGCUUACACGCUUUCGGACCGCGACAACCUUUUGGGGCUCCGAAACAAAUGCCUCCGCACCAACCUCAUCAACGAUUUGUAACGGGACCUUCGAUUUCACAGACUCCCGGUCCUACACCUACUCUGAAUCAGUUAUUACAAAGCAACAACAACACCAUGCCCCACAGAUACCCAAACAAUUACGGCCAUCCAGACCAACAUUACAAUCAGUCGUGGCCGCCUCAAAAACCUUUACAACAGGCAUAUACUUCGGGCCCACCAGGGAGUGCUCAAGCUCCAGUUGGAACACCACCAUCAGGAUCCUACAGGACACAACCAACGUUAUCUCCGGCGUACGGAGGCGGUUCAGCAGCAAGCCCGGGUUACAGUGAAGGCCGCUCCAAUUGGUCGAGUGGGCCACAAGGUCCGGGUGGACACGGUCCGGGCCCUGGUCCAGGACCCGGAAGUCCUGGACAGGCGAAUUCCUCAGCGCCGGUCAGUCAACCAUCUCCGCAGCCGUCGCAACCACCCAGCCAUUCACCCGGACCCGGUCCUGGGAUGCCGCCUAGUCCACAGCACCAGUCUCACCAGGGUUUUCCCUCGAGACCGGCACCACCCACCACUCCGAAUGCACACGGUCCAGAUGCUGCGGAUUUAAGUGGGGGUAACAGCAAUGACAGCUCUGGUGGCCCAGCACCGGGUACACCAAACUCACAGGGUAUGAGGCCGACCCCGUCUCCAACUGGAUCAACAGGCUCGAGGUCUAUGUCACCCGCAGUAGGCCAAAACAUUCCACCAAUGCCACCACGGCCUUCAAGUGGACAGUCCGACGGCAACGGACCUAGUCGAAUAAGUCAUUCUCCAAUGGUAACUCAGGGCAGCUAUCCGACUUCGCACUCGAGUCCACAUCCAAGCCAUGGUUAUAAAGGUCACCCCAGUAUGGUAGUAUCUGGUUCUGGUAACCAACAAAUGCCUCUGUAUCAACCAAACCAAUACCCUCAAACUGGCUAUCCUCCACGGCCUCCUAGUAAUAUUCAAUAUCCCGGUCAAGGGUACGGUCCACCAACUUCCCAAACCCCGCCGAACAAUAUGCCUCCACAGCAGUUUCCUGGAAGAUCCGCACCUAACCAUAUGCAGAACUCACAAUUUCCACCAUACCAGCAAUCGUGGCAGUCCUCAAUGUCUACCAGCUCAAAAGGCAACGGGCCAAAUACGACGACGCAAGCGCCAGCGUCACAAUCUCCUGGAUCAACGCCACGACCACCGCACUACCUCAAACACCAUCUUCAGCAUAAAAUGGGUUUUCAAAACGUUCCAGGUCCCACAACACCAAGCGCUAGUCCUCCUCAAAACUAUCACAUGGGUCCUCCAUCUGGUCACCACCAUUCUGGCAUGGGUCCUCCGCCUUCAAUGGGACCUCCGAAUAUGCCUCCUGGUAGUAACCUUCUUCCCAAUAACCAUCCCCAUGAGGGUCCCAUGCCUCCUCCAAGUUCAACGCCAAAUUCUCACACGCAAAUGGUUUCUGAUAUGAUGGAUAACGGAAUAACAACUACAGCACAGGGUGGACUCAAUACUCACGUGACUACCGCGUCGGGAGGUUCUGUCACGUCUGUUGUAACGACCGGACCUGAUGGUACUCCCAUCGAUGAAGGUUCACAGCAGUCCACAUUGUCAAACGCAUCUGCUGCAUCAGGCGAAGAUCCGCAAUGUACGACGCCGAAAGCUUCUCGGAAAAACGACAUGAGCCUCUAUAGCCAUCCAACGACACCUCAAAAUACUGUCCCUUCACCUGGUGCAGCAAGUAUAAACUCAAUGCACGAAGAAUACGGAGAACUCGGCAGUCCGAGUUGGCCAAGAACUCCCGCAAGCCCGGUAUUUAACAGCCAUGUACCUCCUCCGGAGACGUAUCGCUCAAAGAAAACCGACAGCCUAAGUAAGCUGUACGAAAUGGAUGAAAAUCCAGAAAGGAAAGCUUGGUUAGACAAAUUGCUAGCGUUCAUGGAUGAUAGGCGAACCCCUAUCACCACAUGUCCGACUAUCUCCAAGAAUCCCCUUGAUUUGUUCCGCUUGUAUAUGUUUGUUAAGGAUCGUGGGGGCUUUAUGGAGGUGACUAAAAAUAAAACUUGGAAAGAUAUUGCUGGUCUGCUAGGGAUUGGUGCUUCAUCAUCAGCUGCUUACACGCUCAGGAAGCACUACACUAAAAAUUUGCUAGCAUACGAAUGUCAAUUUGAUAGAGGUGGUAUUGAUCCUCAGCCGAUCAUAAACCAAGUCGAAGCAACAUCGAAGAAAAAGAGUGCUAAAGCUACGUCAGUACCAUCUCCGGGUUCCUCCAACUCACAGGAUUCCUUUCCAACUGGUUCUGGUGCAGCUUCAAUGGAUGGUUAUUCUACCUAUGGUGGGUAUCCACCUUCUGGUAACCCGGACUACCCACCACAGAGGCCUUCUUCACAAUCAGCUCCUUCACCUCAUGGAGGUGUGAAUCAUCUGAACAGUGCAACACCUGGAGGACCCAGUCCUGCAAGCGGGGCUGCAGAUAACGUGAGCGUUUCCAACCCCUUCGACGAUGUAUCCCCAAGUCCGCCUCCAAGGGGUGGUCCAUUUUCUGGUGGACCGCAUCCUUCGUAUCCAUCGGGGACACCUCCACGGCCUUCAGGUCAAAAUUACUCCGGACAACCCGGAUACCAGUAUCCAGGCCCUGGACCAGGUUCGGGUGCACCUCCAGAUCAGUAUUCUCCUUAUCCUUCUGGUUCAGGUUAUCCUCCAUCAGUAAGACCAGUGUAUCCUCCUUAUUCCGGCGGUGAUUCUUCUGCUCCUCCACAAAGUCCCAACAAUGCGCAGGGUCCACCUUCAUCUGUGGCACAGGAUCCUUACCGAUACAAUACGACCCAAGGCUCAGGAUACAACCCACGACCUGCAUAUGGACAAGCUCCCAGUAAUUCUGGACCACCUACUUCUCAGUCAGCCGGACCUGGAAAUUAUGCUCCACAUCCAGAUUACUACCGCCAAGAACAAGUACAACAGGGAACAGGCAGUGGAACUGGAUACACAGGAGGAACUAAUUCAAACAAGAAUAUGCCACCUCCUGGUCCCCAGCCACCAAGAAGGCAUCCUGAUUUUGCCAAAGAUCAGCCCUACACCUACGGUCAACCUCGCACUCCUAUGUACAGCGGUUGGCCCAACAAUACCCAAUACAGACCUCCUCAGUAUGGUGGAACUCAAAGUAGUGGUCCGCAAGUCACCCCUCAACAGUGGAGUCAGAGUGGAAGGCCUGCAGGUCCUUGGCCCGCUAACCAAAAUUACCAACAGCCGCAGCAAGGUCCUCAACAACCUCCAUGGCAGGGUAUCGCACAACCAACAGGACAAAAUGCAAAUGUGAGACCGCCAGUUCAUAGGCCUGGGAAACCUUUUUCAAACAUCAUGACAUCGGGUGGUGGAAAAGGAAAUCAAGCGCCACCCUCAGCCAGCAAUACUUAUAGUCAUAGUCAGAUGCCUAAACGAGAGAUUAUUUUUCCGCCAGACAGUGUAGAAGCUACUGUUCCACUGAUUUAUCGUAGAAGACGAAUAUGUAAAAAUGACGUAAAUCAAGUUGAUGCUUGGCGCAUUAUAAUGUGCCUAAGAUCUGGACUUCUUUCUGAAACUACUUAUGCUAUCGAUAUGCUUAACAUUCUUUUAUUUGACGACUUGACUAUAGGAUAUUUCGGAUUGUAUCAAUGGCCUGGUUUACUUGAUCUGUUGAUGGAACAUUUCAAACGUAGUCUUUCGGAUAUGUUUGACGGGCCCUUUCCACGUGAAGAACAGUCUGUAGAAGAGGAAAUUGAUCUUGGUGGUGUUUCAAAGCCCAUAGAUCCUAAUUUAAAAACAACCAUUUUAACUGAAACUCCUAAUUAUUCCUUUUUAUCUCGCAAAGGGCAUCCAGUGAAAUUAGUGGAUAGGGAUGAAGAUAUAUUCGUUCAAGAUCACGUGAAAGAUUGGGAUACAAAGGGAGAUCCAAAUCGUGCUAAUAUUUUAGCUGAAAUUCCAACUGAUCCUUGGUAUACCAGUGCAGAUCAUAUUUUACCUACUUUCCAAGCUGAGUUUGGACGUAUUCCAUUCCAUAUGAGUUUGGAUCAUAUUGUAGUAGUAAAAUCGGAGGAGGAUAAAAGGGAACCUUUAGAAAGGAAAAUCAAAACCCCUCCACCCGAUGAAACGCCUCCUGACGAAGCUCCACCACCUGCUAAAGCUUGUGAAAAGAGACGAAGGACAAAGACAUUAAGUGAUGUGAUAUCUCGAAUUAAGAAAGAUUCUGAAGCAAGCGACAUGCUCACGUUAGAAACAACAGACAAAAUAAAGACUGAGGUAGUGAGUGAGGAAGCGAACUGUGAGGAAAGUCCAAGUAUAGAUCUGAAUAUUAGUGUAAAUGGCGAGUGCGGUGAUACGAAGGAACCAGCUGUGCGGGAUCCAUCAAGUACCUUAAAACGUAGGCGAAUUUCUGACUAUGAAGAUGAAGCUUACACUAGAGAUGAAGCUAGUUUAGUGCUCCUUACCGAGAGUCAAGACAAUAUUGGCAAACGGUGUCUCUGUCUCUCAAAUAUUCUUAGGAGUCUUACAUUUAUUCCUGGUAACGAACUAGAGUUUGCCAGAAGCGGCCAAUUCUUAGCACUUAUUGGUAAAUUACUUCUACUACAUCAUGAACAUCCGCCGAGGACGCAGAAAACGAGAAACUAUGAUAGAGAGGAGGAUGCCGACUUUGCAGAUUCAUGUAGUAGUUUACAAGGAGAAGGCGAAUGGUGGUGGGAGUUCCUCAUACAGAUUAGAGAAAAUAUUCUUGUAUCAAUAUCAAAUAUAGCUGGCCAAAUCGAUGUAUCAUUAUUCGAAGAAGAAGUGGCCAGGCCUCUAUUAGAUGGACUUCUGCAUUGGGCUAUAUGCCCUUCAGCUUCUGGUCAAGAUCCUUUUGCUUCUGUAGCUUCUUCUUCAUUGCUUUCUCCACAGAGACUAGCUUUAGAAGCCCUUUGCAAGUUAUGUGUAACAAAUAGUAAUGUAGAUCUGGUGAUUGCAACACCUCCAUUUUCAAGACUAGAAAGACUUUGUGCUGUACUCACUAAACAUCUAUGUAAGUCUGAAGAUCAAGUUCUGAGGGAGUUCUCUAUAAAUUUGUUGCAUUAUUUGGCCGCAGCAGAUAGUCAAAUGGCUCGAGUCGUCGCUAAACAAACACCGUGUGUCUCGCUCCUAGUUGCUUUUAUUGAGCAAGCUGAACAAAGCGCCAUGAAUGUCGCCAAUGCACAUGGGAUCAGUGCUCUUAGAGAAAAUCCUGAUUCUAUGGGAACAAGUUUGGAUAUGUUACGAAGAGCUGCUGCCACUUUAGUAUUUUUAGCUAGGCAUCCAGAUAACCAUACUCUCAUGGUGCAACAAGAACCGAGAUUGCUUGCCCUUGUAAUGAGCCAGAUACUAGACCAACAAGUAGCUUUAUUGCUCGCCAAAGUGCUCUACCAAAUAUCCCACAGCUAAUCCUCCACUCUACCUCUGUAGAUACUGAGAUGAACUGUUGUCUAUGCGGCCUUGAUGGUGUACAGAAUAGACAUACCUAAUUACCCGAACUACCCACCCGUGUAUAGUGUGAUUUUUUCUGAAGAACUUUACUACAAAGUGACAGUGUGCGUGCGAAUACGAGUACGAGUGUUUAUGAAACGACGAGACGAGACGAGACUUUUGACACCAAGACUAAAGCUCGAGAGAUUCCAGAACUCUAAUAAUGAUGAUAGCGAAACAGUUCACAUAGUGUAACCCUUUAAUUGUACCAUUUUGUAAAUUAAGUUUGUAAUAAGGGCAUAUGUCGUUCUGGAAAAUGUUAGUACCAUUUUGUAAAUUAAAUAAGUAUGUAAUUUAUGACAUAUGUCUUUCUGGAAAAAUGUUAAACAUACAUCCAUGUUACUUAUCGUUAUUUAUUAUUUGAUAUAAACAAACAAAUAAAGAAGAAAACAGUAGAUUCCAACUGCUCUGGAAUGGCCUGAAUAUCUGGUGCAAGCGAAGGCAGUGCAGGUGGUGUCAUCUCCAUUCUGUUUUCCUGCACACACAUACGCAAUUCUCUUCAUUCAUGUUUGGUAUUACUGUGCGAAUGCUUUAUACAUACAUGUCUGAUACUGAUUAAUUAAAUAAAUGUACAAAUGAAGUACCGAAAAUGGUGUUUUUAUACAAGUUUUAAUUUUCUAUGUAUAUUUAGAAUAUUUUAUACAUCCCAUUUUAGCUGUUACAUUGAUUUCUGUUAAAGAACAAGUAAAGACUGUAAUCGUAAAAUAACAGUCUUGAUCUAGAACUCAAAUGUAGUUUAAAAUAUGUGGUGAUAUUUUUCUGGCUGUAGGUAUAAUUCAUCUUAUGUAUGAUUGAUUGCAUAUUGUAAAUUUAAGUAAAUGCUAAAUACUUUA